GGGGGUGUUAUUUGUAGGGGGGGGGGGGGCGCGAGAAGAGAAUUGCUGUGAUUCACGGACAUCUGAAAUAAAAUCCUUUUGUUUUUGAAGUUUAUCUUGUUGGGGGAGAAGAGAAUAAAAGAUGAAUAUUGAACAAGGGAAGGUGAGAGGAGUAACCAGUACUGGCAAUCCCCCUCAACCAGGAGUUGCAGACUAUCCUACAAAGCCUGUGGUCGGGUUCCCUCAAUCGGGUCCGCCGCCUGUCGCUACCUAUUCCUCUGCUCCUCCGCCACCACCUCAGUUCUAUGCCGACGCAAAUCAGGCCGGUCCAGGCCCAGGAUAUCCAGUUUCUCAAGCUGCACCAGCUGUAAAGGAACCUGACCGCCUUUUUUGCUGGGGUUUGGGUGUUGGCUGGUUCUUGUUCAUCCUUGGUUUCAUCUUUGGUGUUAUUCCCUGGUAUAUUGGAGCAAUCAUGCUAUUCUGUGUCAAAAGAAAGAACUACAAUAGAGAGAAACCUGGAUACAUCGCUUGCGCAAUUUUUGCUGUCAUUGGUACUGUUCUGAUCGUUGUUGUAGCAGUGAUGAGGAAAAAUCACAGCGACAGCGAGUGCGACUAAUUCGGUUACCGCAUACGGCCCGUUUGGAUGCGAGGAAAGAAUUAAGUGUAUUAGUUAAUAAUGAGAUAAGAUAAUAUGAUGUAUUAGUUAAUAAGAGAUGUCCCAUGUGAUGUGAUGUUUAUGAAAUGGGGAUUAAAUAGUAGGUUGUUUGUAUGUAUUAAGGAAAGAGAAUUAAAUAAUACUUGGUUUGGAGGGAUGAUUAAUAGAGGGUAUAAGGAAGGGUAAAUGAUAUAAAAAGCUAUCAAA